AAACAUCAUUUGAGCAAAGCGCAUCUCCUGCAGGAUGGCAUGGACUUAAAUCAUUGAAUGGUGGGACUUAAACUUGAACUGCAAUUGCUGCUAAGCAUGGCUGUGAUCCCAGGAAUAUAUGUGAUGAGGCUCAGAAUAAACCUUUGAAAGAAAGGUUUACAUCUUCUAAAUAGAACAGAAUCAUGGAUAUCCUGGAAAAAGACCAGCGCUUUUCCCAUGUCGGUCGUGACCCCAAGUUCCGCUCCAUGCCAAAGAAGUACAAGAAAGUCAAGAUUGACAAACGUUUCUCCGCAAUGUUCAAGGAUAACCGUUUCAAGCUCAAAUACUCUGUGGACAAGAGGGGUCGGCCAGUCAACUUCUCAUCCUCUGAAGACCUUAAGAGGUACUAUGAUGCUGGUGAAGGCAGUGACGAAGAAGAAGAAGACGACGACAACGACCAGCCUGAGCCCGACACUGCAGGCGGGUCGUCUUCACAGCCAGAAGUCGAUGGCGAAGACAGCGAGGCCGACUUCGCUGAAGAGAGUGAAAAGCGCCCGGGUGUGCAAUUGUCAGGAGAUCUGGAGAAACCACAGCCGCCUUUGGACAAACUCCCAAAAAGCGCGCCAAAGAGGCUGAAAAAGAAAGCGUCGGAAUCUUCGACAGUCGCUCUGAAAACCAAAACCGCCCCAACCGAAGUGGACGUCAGUGAGAAGUCAACGAAGAAAAAGAAAAAGCAGAAGCAGAAGAAGAGGCGCGCAGCAGAGCCAGGAGCCUGCAUCUGAGGAGGAGGAGGAGGAGGAGCUGGCGGAGCCGGUGCGGGAGCGGUUGAUGGACCUGGCCGUGGACUACGCGCGCGGCGGCGGUCGGCUGCAGGAGGACAGCAGCAGCGACGACGAGUCCGAGCCUGAGCAGGUGGAGGUGGAGCACGACUGGGCCGAGCUGGACCGGGACGCGCCGCGGAUCGACGACAGCGAGACCACGGCUCGGCUGGCCGUGUGCAACAUGGACUGGGACCGGAUCAAGGCGCAGGACCUGAUGGUGCUGCUCAGCUCGUUCGCGCCCCCCAGCGGCGUCAUCCGGGAGGUGGCGAUAUACCCGUCCGAGUUUGGCAAGAAGCGGAUGGCUGAGGAGGAGGAGCGAGGUCCGUCGGAGCUGUUCGGGGACAGGGAGGAGGAGGAGGAGGAGGAUAAGGACGAGGACGACUCUUCGGACGAUGAGCGCAAGGCCGACCCGGAGACGGCCGAGCGGGACCGGAUGGAGUUCGUGCGCCGCUACCAGCUGAGCAGGCUGCGCUACUUCUACGCGGUGGUCAGCUGCGACAGCCGGCAGACGGCCGGCGCGCUGUACGACCAGUGCGAGGGCCUCGAGUUCGAGAGCUCGGCAAGUCGGGUCGACCUGCGCUUCAUUCCCGACGGCAUGGAGUUCGACGAGGAACCCCGGGAGCGCUGCUCGGCGGUACCAGAGGCGGGCCGGUACCGUCCCAGUACGUUCGUGACGACGGCGUUGCAACAGCGCCUGGUGCGCUUCACCUGGGACGAGACGGACGCCGACCGACAGGAGACCGUGCGUCGCGCCGCGCAGGCCGGCGACAUAGAGGACGCCGACAUCCGCGCCUACCUGGCCGACAGCAGCGAUGACGAGCAGCCUGACGAGGACGAGGAGGAGGAAGAGGAGAAGGUGGAGCUGGACCGGCCGGAGGACGAGAAGGCGCGCAUCGCCAAGUACCGCGCCCUGCUGGCCGACGCCGACGACCAGGACCGGAAGGAGGAAGGAGACGUGGAAAUGGAAAUCACCUGGGGUGUGGGCAUCAAGGAAAAGACGGAGGAGAUCGUCAAGAAGAAGGAGCAGCAGAAGGACCAGACGCCCUGGGAGAAAUACAUUGACAAGCAGAAAGCGAAAAAGAAGGCGAAGUCGGCGGCUCAGAAGGAGACAGCGACCGCCCCAUCGGACGACAGCGACAGCGACAGCGACAGCGACAUACCGUCCGACCUUGCCGAUGACCCCUUCUUCAAGGAGGAGCUGGAUGCCCGGCGGAAGGACGCGCCCAAACAGACCAAGAAGGUCGGGAAAGGCAAGCAGAGCGCCGCCAGCGAAGAGGACCAGGGCGACAAGGACCAGCUGGCUCUGCUCACAAUGGACGACGGUGAAGAUGACGGCCGGCGACACUUCAACUUCAAGCAGAUCGUCAAGGACGAAACCACCUCCGGCAAGAAGAAAAAGUGGAAGAAGAAGAGGAAGCCGGCGGAGGAGCAAAAGCCAGCGGACGACUUUGAGGUGGACGUGGCCGACCCGCGCUUCUCGCAACUGUACGAUUCGGCCGAGUUCAACGUGGACCCAUCCGAUGCGCGCUUCAAGCGCACAGCUGGCAUGGAGCGGCUGGUCGGCGAGAAACAGCGCCGCCUGGCGAGCGGCGAGACCCGCCAGCCCGUGUCGGACGGAUCAGCGCCCAAGAAGGCCCGCCUGCUGAGGCCGGCCGAGCCCGACACCGAGAGAGAGGCUCCGGACGAGCUCAGUGCUCUCGUCAACACCAUCAAGGCCAAGGCGAAACACGCCAAGAGAAACAAAGCCAAGUCGGGACGAUAAUAUUUUGCGCUGGCAACAUAUAGUGAAUACACGCAUACAUCGCAAGCGAAGA